AUGUCAAGGAAUGAAGACUCUCUAUCCGCACGACCAGGAUGGUUCCUGAAAAGGAAAAGUGAAGCUAUUUUUAGGCAAAUGGAAUCCAUGCAUCGUCUCGCAACAACCGAAGCCCUACGCUCACUGGAUCAUGUAGAUCUCACGUUGAAAUUGGAACUAGUAGACAACAUACGGAGUAAUUUUGAGCUCACACAAAACCGCCUGGAAGAAGAAGAUCCUGACGAAUUAGACACUGAUGCUCGACAGCAGUUCUUGAACAUAUUUAUUUCAGUCAAAGGCGCCAUCACUCGCGAGCUGCAGUCCAACCGCUUAGAUAGCCAUUUACAUUCAACCACACGCAAUUUUUCGCCUCAGGACUCGCAAUCUGUGGUUGUUCUUAAGCAACCAAAAUCUUGUUUACCGGAACUGAAGUUGCCAACGUUUAGAGGCAACUACUCAGAUUGGCCACAAUUUUUCUCCAUGUUUCGCACCAUAAUUGACCGAGAAGCUGAAUUAACUAAAGUGGAAAAACUCCAACAUCUCCGCUCAUGCCUUGCAGAUGCCGCGUUGGACACCAUAAAGUCCUUAGAAAUUCGCGAAUCUAACUAUGAUAAAGCUCUUGAAUUACUAAAUAACCGAUUUGAUAACAAGCGUUUAAUUUUUCAGGCACAUAUCCGUGAGUUAUUUGGACUAGAAAGUGUCGAAGGAAAGGUGGCAACAAAUCUCCGGCGGUUAACGGAUAAAUUUUUGUCACAUAUUCGUGCAUUACAGACUUUAGGCAGCAUAGAACAAUUGGCCGACAGCUUGCUGAUACACAUCGUUAUGCAGAAACUUGACUCCACUACUCAAAACAUGUGGGAGGAAAAAGUGUCAUCCAAUGAGCUACCCACUUGGGAAGGCAUGGCGUUGUUCCUAGAAAAAAGGUAACAAACUCUGGAGAAUGUUGCGUUUGCUACGCUCGGUAAGACUCCGACCAAACAGGUGAGCAAAUAUGUGAAUCGCAACAAGUCUUUUGUGGUCUCGAAGCCUGCGCAAAGGUCAUGUGUGUUUUGCAAGCACCUUGAUCACCUCAUUUAUACUUGCCCGUCAUUUGCGAAACUCUCCCCAAGCGAGCGCUGGAAAGAGGCAAAAAUUGCUGAACUUUGCCUGAACUGUCUUAAGCUUGGACAUCGAUUACAACAAUGCAAAUCCACUCACUGUUUUGGUUGUAAAGGUGCUCAUCACACCCUUUUACAUAAGGAUAUUCCAGAGCAACCCAUCCAAAAUGCCUCAUCGGCAGAAAAGUUUCUUCAACCAGGAUCAGCAGCAUCUUUGGUUUCCAUGGCGCCUCCAUGCAUAUCAAACGAGCACUCAAGCAUUAAACCAAACGAAUCCGUACUACUAGCUACCGCAACGGUGUUUGUAAAAAACAGUGUUGGAUGUUUUAUCCCCUGUCGUGCUAUUUUAGACUCAGCUUCGCAACUAAAUUUCGUUACGAGCAGGUUAUCCAACCAACUACAGUUGAAGAAAUCGAAGUUCCCAGUAGCAGUUUCGGGAAUUGGAGACUCAGAUACAACAAGCAUCCUGAUGAUCUUGCAGUUCUUACGCCGGGACAUUUUUUGAUUGGCGGCCCUUUCACAGCUACAGUAGAACCAGACAUCACUGAUCUGAAUAUUAACAGGCUCAGUCGUUGGCAGCGAAUUU